GGAGGGGCGCCGACUGGGCAGUCCAAAGAGAAGGGGGCCUUUAAUAGGCUCGCCCAGCGCCCGGUUUGUGGCGCUACGAGUGGCUGCAGUUGGGAGAAGCGGCCCGGCACCUCCCUCUAGUUCUCGGCUGCAAAUCUUCGCCUUGCACUUGACAGCGGGUGCACUUAAGUUCUGCGGCGCGCUUUCCUAGGGAAGGCACAGGUAGGAGGCGCGGGCUGCAGGGCGCUCGCUCACCGCUCGCCGCUCGGGGAGCCGUCGCCCUCCCUUCGCUCUCCUUCCCGGGAGCUGCGGGCUGCCCGGAGCGUCGGCGGUGCCGGUGCUGGCUGCACCGAGAUCCUGCCGGCGGCUGCUCCUGCUCCGAGAGCGGGGCUGUGCGCUGCCCGCCGCCAUGCUUCUGCUGGGCAUCUUAACCCUGGCUCUCGCCGGGGCACCCGCGGGCGGUGCAGAGCCAGAGCGGGAGGUGGUGGUGCCCAUCCUACUGGACCCGGACAUCAACGGCCGCCAGUACUACCGGCGGGGCCCCGAGGACCCCGGGGAUCAGGGGCUCAUUUUUCAGAUCACGGCGUUCCAGGAGGACUUUUACCUCCACCUGACACCGGAUGCCCAGUUCCUGGCGCCCGCCUUCGCCACUGAGCAUCUGGGGGUCCCGCUCCAGGGGUUCCCCGCGAACUCCCCGGACCUGCGACGUUGCUUUUACUCGGGGGACGUGAACGCCGAGCCGGAUUCGUUCGCCGCCGUGAGCCUGUGCGGGGGGCUGCGCGGAGCCUUCGGUUACCGGGGCGUGGAGUAUGUCAUUAGCCCGCUGCCCAACGCCAGCGCGCCCGCGGCGCAGCGCAACCGCCAGGGCGCACACCUCCUCCAGCGCCGCGGCGCCCCUGGCGGGCCUCCCGGAGACCCCACCUCUCGCUGCGGGGUGGCUUCAGGCUGGAACCCCGCCAUCCUGCGGGCUCUGGACCCUUAUAAGCCUCGGCGGACCGGCUUAGGGGAGAGUCGCAGCAGGCGCAGGUCUGGGCGCGCCAAGCGCUUCGUGUCCAUCCCGCGCUACGUGGAGACUCUGGUGGUGGCGGACGAGUCCAUGGUCAAGUUCCACGGCGAGGACUUGGAGCACUACCUGCUGACGCUGCUGGCCACCGCGGCGCGCCUCUACCGCCAUCCCAGCAUCCUCAACCCCAUCAGCAUCGUCGUGGUCAAGGUGCUGCUCCUUGGAGACCGCGACGCGGGGCCCAAGGUCACAGGCAACGCGGCCUUGACGCUGCGCAACUUCUGUGCCUGGCAGAAGAAGCUGAACAAAGUGAGCGACAAGCACCCCGAGUACUGGGACACCGCCAUCCUCUUCACCAGGCAGGACCUGUGCGGAGCCACCACCUGUGACACGCUGGGCAUGGCUGACGUGGGCACCAUGUGCGACCCCAAGAGAAGCUGUUCUGUGAUCGAGGACGAUGGGCUCCCGUCAGCCUUCACCACUGCCCACGAGCUGGGCCAUGUGUUCAACAUGCCCCAUGACAACGUGAAAGUGUGUGAGGAGGUGUUCGGGAAACUCCGUGCCAACCACAUGAUGUCCCCAACGCUCAUCCAGAUCGACCGUGCCAACCCCUGGUCAGCCUGCAGCGCUGCCAUCAUCACCGACUUCCUGGACAGUGGGCACGGAGACUGCCUCCUGGACCAGCCCAGCAAGCCCAUCGCCCUGCCCGAGGACCUGCCGGGGGCCAGCUACACCCUGAGCCAGCAGUGUGAGUUGGCCUUCGGUGUGGGCUCCAAGCCCUGUCCCUACAUGCAGUACUGCACCAAACUGUGGUGCACCGGCAAGGCCAAGGGGCAGAUGGUGUGCCAGACCCGCCACUUCCCCUGGGCAGAUGGCACCAGCUGCGGCGAGGGCAAGUUCUGCCUCAAGGGGACCUGCGUGGAGAGACACAACCUCAAUAAGUACAGGGUGGACGGCUCCUGGGCCAAAUGGGAGCCCUACGGCCCCUGCUCUCGCACCUGUGGUGGGGGAGUGCAGCUGGCCAGGAGGCAGUGCAGCAACCCCACCCCGGCCAAUGGGGGCAAGUACUGCGAGGGAGUGAGGGUGAAGUACCGAUCCUGCAACCUGGAGCCCUGCCCCAGUUCAGCCUCUGGCAAGAGCUUCCGGGAGGAACAGUGCGAGGCCUUCAACGGCUACAACCACAGCACCAACCGGCUCACCCUCACCGUGUCGUGGGUGCCCAAGUACUCAGGGGUGUCUCCCCAGGACAAGUGCAAGCUCAUCUGCCGAGCCAACGGCACCGGCUACUUCUACGUGCUGGCACCCAAGGUGGUGGACGGUACGCUGUGUACCCCUGACUCGACCUCGGUCUGCGUCCAGGGCAAGUGCAUCAAGGCUGGUUGCGACGGGAACCUGGGCUCCAAGAAGAAGUUCGACAAAUGCGGGGUGUGUGGGGGAGACAAUAAGAGCUGUAAGAAGGUGACAGGACUCUUCACCAAGCCCAUGCACGGCUACAAUUUCGUGGUGGCCAUUCCAGCAGGCGCCUCGAGCAUUGACAUCCGCCAGCGCGGCUACAGGGGGCUGAUUGGCGAUGAGAACUACCUGGCCCUGAAGAACAGCCAAGGCAAGUACCUGCUCAACGGGCACUUCGUGGUGUCACCCAUGGAGCGGGACCUGGUGGUGAAGGGCAGCGUGCUGCGCUACAGUGGCACGGGCAUGGCCGUGGAGAGCCUGCAGGCCUCCCGGCCCAUCCUGGAGCCCCUGACCGUGGAGGUCCUCUCUGUGGGGAAGAUGACGCCACCGCGGGUCCGCUAUUCCUUCUAUCUGCCCAAAGAGCCCCGGGAGGACAAGUCCUCCCACUCCAAGGACCCCCGGGGGCCUUCCGUGCUCCACAACAGCGUCCUCAGCCUCUCCAAUCAAGUGGAGCAGCCGGAUGACAGGCCCGCUGCGCGCUGGGUGGCGGGCAGCUGGGGGCCGUGCUCUGUGACCUGCGGCGGGGGCCUGCAGAGGCGGGCGGUGGUCUGUCGGGGUGCCCUGGGGCAGCGCGCAGCAUCUGCCUGCAACGCCAACCAUCGGCCGGCGGAGACGCGAGCCUGUGGGGACCCCUGCCCGACCUGGGAGCUCGGGGCCUGGUCGCCCUGCUCCAAGAGCUGUGGCCGCGGCUUUAAGAGGCGUCCACUCAAGUGUGUGGGCCGCGGAGGGCGGCUGCUGGCCCGGGACCAGUGCAACCUGCGUCGGAAGCCCCAAGAACUGGACUUCUGCAUCCUGAGGCCGUGCUGAGUGAGAUCUACGGUGCUGCCGGUGUUCUGGCCAGCGGGAGCUGUGGGCAGGAGGCCCACGCCACGAUGUCACCACAUCCAGGGACAAGGAUCAUGGGUGGGAGCGAGCGGUUUCCUCCUACCCCCUGGCCUGGGCAGGGAGCUAAGUCACUAACACACAGUCUACCUCACACCUGGCUCCUCCAGGGCCCAGUCUCGGGAGAGGCUGAGAGGUGCGGGUGCUGGGCAAGAAGGUGCUGGGGCCCAGUUUCCAAGAGACCUGGAGGGUGGCCACUCCCAGGCAGACUUCAGGGACCUGGGCCCCCGUCAGGGAGGCCACAGGCUGCCGGAAGGGCCAUGGCUCAGCAGCUGGCACCCUCAGGUGCCCCCGGGGGCUCUGAGCCGUCUCUGAACAAGGUGCUUUUAGCCCACUUUCCUUUUCUGACCGACAGACUGAACCAUGCACAUGGGCUGGGGGUGAGCAGGCGUGGAGGGAGAAGGAGGUGAGGUGUGCCUGCAGCCCGGGCCACUCUUCUUGAGGAGGACUGGAUGUAUGGGGGAGUCCUGAGGUUCCUCAUCUUCCUUCUACUCUGGGCCCUCCUUUAAAGAGACACCUCUUCUCCUGUGUCAUCCAGGCCUCCAGCGGGAGGGCUGUCACACCAGUGUCAUCUGAGGAUCCGCGGGAAGGGAUAGGAUGUCGAUAGGGAGCCCGUUGUCUUCACGAGAGAUCCGACCAUUUAAAAAAAAUGCUGAAACGUGUAAGGGGAGAUGGAUUCUGUGGCUGAAGCAGGGGGUUUGGGGAGAGAUCUCAAGGGCUCUGCGGUCCCUGCGGCUGGGCUGAGCCUGGGGGAAUGUCACCCUAGGGUGGGAGGAGGAGGCCCGGGUUCUGAUGGCUUCCUCCUCCAGGGAGGCAGGUGUCAAUCAGGCUGAUGCCUUCGGCUCUGCAUCACCUUCCCAGUGGUCAGGGUCCCGGGCCUACUAAGAGGGCAUGGGGUGUGCCCAGGAGGGCCGGUGCUGAAACUCCACAUGCCUGCAGGUUGGUCCUCAUCCGGACAGCUCCAUGCAGUCUGGCUUGGGCAUGUCACGUGGCAUCCCGGGCUGCGGUUUCUGCAGUUGGAAAAUGGGAUUCACUAGUUGCUACCUCAGGCUGUAUUCUCGGGGAACCCCGCCUUGGCCCUCCCCCGGGGCAGCAGUGAUGUCCUGGUGCUUCCAGAAGACCUGGCCGCGUCCUCAUGGACUGAUCUGUCCAGGCACAAAGGUGCGCUCGGGUGCAUGGCUCUCUGCUGUCCACAGGCUGGCCACUCACUGCGGCUCCAAAUACGCAGACAGGUGCCCUCUCUCAGGUGCCCUGGCCGCAGGGGACACCAAGAAUCGAUCACCUGACCCAGGGGCCUUGAUAACCACCAGUGGGAGCGGCUGGCGAGCUGUCUACCUUGGAGACAUGUUAGGGGAGUGGGAAGCAGGGUGCUCCUACAGCUCCAAGUGGGGAGAUGCUUUGGGGUCGGGUCCUUUGGCCAAGUAGGGUCUUUCUGAGGCCUCGGCUGCCCCAGGGUGCACAUGGAAGGUUCUGCUUCUGAGCGUAGGUUUGAGUCCUGGACUUCAGCGAGGUGACAUCAGGGCAGGUGUGUUCAUUCGGUUUCCCCUCUUAGUCAGAAUCUGCAAGCCAGCCGGGCAGCCAGGCGGGCCUCUGGGAUGGCGUUCUCAUCCCAGUCUAACGCUGGCUGAGCCCUGGCGCAGAGCCCCCUGGAGCAGGGGCGUGCUGAGCUUGGAGGCAGGGCUGCAGUCUCCCUGGGAGACCAGGGGAGGAGGGUUCCUUGUCCCGCAGGAGUGAGCACUGGAGGCUGCAGGGCUAAGAGGAGCCCAGGGUGCCCGGCCGGACACAGACCUGCCGACCGACAGCAGCACUGCGCCCUGUGCCUGGUGCACCCGUCCUUGGCGAGGAGAGGGGGUCGUGGGGGC